CUCGUUCUGUUUCAUCCAAAGCAAACAUCGAAAAACAAAAAAAUUUCUCAAAAGCAAAAAUCAAAAACACAGAAAAAGCAAAAACAAAAAAAGAAGGAGAAAUCGAAGUGCUUAUAAAUUAUUCGAAAAACGUGUUUUGUUUUUGUGAAAAUUUAGAAGAAGCAUAAAGAAUCUUUAAAUAAAAAGAACGACAUGUCGGUUGCCGUUUCGAAUUCGCCGGUGUUUUCUCCGUCGUCGUCUUUGUUCUGCAACAAAAAAACCUCCAUAAUAACUCCGUCUCCUGAAGCCCUAACUUUGACUUUAUCUCACCUGAAGCCCUCGGCUUCGUCUACUUCUUCUUCUUCUUCUUCGUCUUUGUCUCCUUCUCCGUCUUCACCAUCUUCGCCUUUUCGUCUCCGAUUACCCAAGCAUAAUCCUUCUGGGAUUUCCGCCGUGGCUUCGGCUUCGACUACGGCUCCGAGUUCUUCGUCUCCAAAUACGAUAUUGAAGAGGAAAAGGCCGACGAGGCUGGACAUUCCGGUUUCUUCGUUGAGCUUCGGAGCUCCUCCGGGGACGCCGUCAUCGGCGGCGAUUAGGGAGGUUGUGGAAGAUGAAAGAGAGGAGUAUUCUGUGUAUUGUAAGAGAGGGAGGAGAGAGGCUAUGGAGGAUCGGUACUCUGCAGCUGUCAAUCUUCAUGGCGAUCCUAAACAGGCCUUUUUUGGUGUAUUUGAUGGUCAUGGAGGUUCAAAAGCUGCACAGUUUGCAGCAGAUAACUUGGAAAGGAACAUUUUAGAUCAAGUGGUGAGGAGAGCUGAUGAUGACAUUAAGGAGGCUGUGAAGCAUGGUUACCUGAAUACAGAUUCCGAUUUCCUUAAAGAGGAUUUCCGUGGUGGUUCGUGCUGUUUGACUGCUUUAAUCCGAAAUGGAAACCUUGUUGUGUCUAAUGCCGGUGAUUGCCGGGCUGUCAUGAGCAGAGGAGGUGCUGCUGAGGCCCUUACUUCUGAUCACCGCCCCUCGAGGGAAGAUGAAAAGGACAGAAUUGAGAACCUGGGUGGCUAUGUCGAUCUAUGCCAUGGUGUAUGGAGAAUUCAGGGAUCUCUAGCUGUAUCCAGGGGGAUUGGUGAUAGGCAUCUUAAGCAAUGGGUAAUAGCAGAACCAGAAACCAAAAUCCUUAGUCUCCAGCCCGAAUACGAGUUCUUGAUCUUGGCAUCUGAUGGACUGUGGGAUAAGGUUGGUAUUCAGGAAGCAGUUGAUAUUGCUCGUCCAUUCUCCGUAGGUGUUGACAAGCCAGAGCCAUUGUUUGCCUGUAAAAAGCUUGUUGAACUAGCUGCAUCGCGUGGUUCUUUCGAUGAUAUAAGUGUUAUGCUAAUUCAGUUGGGUCGCUAUAUCUGAAGUUGACUUUGCUUGUAGAAGGGGGUCAAACACAUAGGCUGCUAGGAUUUGUAUCUGCUGGGGGAGAAGCUAAAGUAGGACGGAGGAACGUCUCAUAUGAAAUUAUAUCCUGUUCAUUGUUCAUCUGCUGUUUUUCGCAAAAAUAUGGUGGUGGUGGUCAUGCUGAAGAAGACUGAUUGUUUUAGAGUAGACUGAUCUCUUGUAAAUUUUUUACCCUAGUUUCAGGCAAAUUUUUGCACCAUUAACUGACUCUAGAGAGGUUGAGACUUAGUCAAAAUAAAUUAACUGUAUUCUUUCAUUCUUUAAUUAAAUUAUUCUUUAAACUUAUUAUUAUUA